GAUAAAACUUUUAUUUAUUUUACGAUUCAAUGUAUUCUGUUUUCUGUUUCGUUAAUAUUAAAGAAUUUUUGCUUUAUUAUUAAUGGUUUAUUCUUUGGUGAUAGAAUUUCGUUUCAAUUAGUUUUAAUUAGUAGUUAUUAAUCAUUGUGUUCAAAGAACAAAGACAUGUAGUGUUUCGUCAUUUAUUUCCAUUUGAAUGAAGGCUUUGACUUAGAAUAAAAUUGCUACUGGGGAAACCGCUCGUUGAGUCGUAUGAUGGCUAUUUGAUUGAAUAUCGUAGACUGGUCCAGACAGAACAGGAAAUGAGGCUUUGGUCGAGUCACAGGAACUACCAUGAGUCAAGAUAGUAUACGUUUGAGACUUUAGAGACACCACCUAGUGCAACAGCUUCUUGGCAAGUUGUAGAUUGCCCAGUUACUGUAUUAGCACAAAGUCUUUUGGUCUCCACAAUUAUGAUAUGCAUUUGGUGGUGCUAUUACUGAUCCGCAAAUACGGUUGAUUGAAUAUUGGAAUUACAUCGCCAAAGCCAAACCAAGCAUUUAGCCGAGAAGAUAAAGUUAUGGAAGCAUCACCCGAGGUGGAAAAACCCCGGAAGAAAUUUUGUAGACACCCAAUUCCCCAACGCACGUUGUGUCCAUGGAUUACAUCUCAGCCGUAUCCUUUACCAGAUAAGAAAAGAACGAAAAAAUCGGAGACAGAUAGUAUUACAAAACAAACAGGAAAGACUCACAUGGUGGUACACGAGGCUCAUAAACCUUGCCCUUCAAUGCAAGAGUCAUCCAGUCAUUUUUUUUAUUUCAUCAGACUGAUGCAAUUAUUUCCGGAAGUGCAUCCAGCCACCCUCCACACCGUAAUGACGUUGAGUAAGAAUAACUUUUUCUCUGCUGUUGAUAAACUGCUGUAUGCGAAACGGUGUAAAGCCAUGUACAAUAAAAAUCAAAGUUUGUAUAAAAAUAAGUCGCAGAAUAGAAACUUUCCAACUACAAUCAAUCUGAAAACCACAUCAAUUACGGUGAAAGCGGAAUGUUGUGAUAAUACAAGUAGUACAGAGGUUGAAAAGGUGGAGUCGAUGGAAAAGGAUAUUGAAGACACAAAAUCGGAUGAAUUAGAUUCUAUGGAUGGAAUUUCUGAAAGUAAUUAAUACUUUUCGUUAUUUAGUGUAUAGAUAGUAAUUUAAUUGUUAGAUAUGUUUGUGGUUUACCUACUAAAAUGUCGAACUUGUCCUAAAUAUUUAUUAUUUUACGACUACCAUAUGUUCACCAAAAUAGAUUGUUUUAAAUUC